AUGGAAUCAAUUUUUGGGAAUAAUGUUUCACACAGAAAUUAAAUUGCAUUAUAAGAUAACUUUGCAUAUUCAGUAGGGUAAAAGGUUGUGAAUUAUUCAAUAAAAAAUGAUGAAUAAUAAAAUUUUUUAAUGGGAUAAGCUUAAGUAAAUUCGAUACUUAUUUCAAGAGAUGGUAAUCAUAUUUUUACAGGUGAACAAAGUUUUAAAAGUCCAGCAAUCAAUAUUUAUUAAAUAAAAGAUUAGAAAAUUAUAUAACCUACUCAUCGUUUAAUUGGUCACAAAUUUGGAAUUAAAUAAAUUUUAGAAUCUCCUAUUAAACCAUUUUUAUUAUCUCUUGGUACAGAAUCAGAUAAAACAUUGUUUUUAUGGGAUUUAUAAUAUAAUAAAAGCUUAUCAAUAAAUAAACUUGAAAAUAAAGUGAAUUCAAUAAGGUUUUCAAAAAAAGGAACAAUUUUAAUUAGUGCAGGUUAAUCUCAUUUAUAAUAUUGGCAAUUUCGUUAAGAUGGUUAUCCAAUAUUUGAAGGAUAAACUCUUUAAUCUAAUAAUUUUUCCCUAUUUGAAUAGUUUACAUCCAAAAAUUAUAUUGAUUGUUUUGUUGAUGAUUAAGUAUAUGUAUGCACAUCAGAUGCUCUACUAUGCAUUUUUUCUUUAGCUACUAAAUAAAUGUUGUCUUAUAUGUAAUUAGAUUUAGAACAUUUAUAUUCUCUCACUUUUAAUGGAACUUACUUUUUUUUUGGUAGUUCAAAUUCUAAAAUUUAGAUAUGUGAUUUUGAAUUAUAAAAUAUUUGUUUUCUCACUCAAAACCAUUAAUCUUCGAAUCAGAAUGAAUAUGAUUGUUUAGGUAUUGAAGCAAAUGAUGUUUAUUUGAUAUCAGCUUAUCGUAAUAAAAAUAUUGCUAUUUGGAAUAUUACAAAUAUAAAUAAAAUUGAAUAAGUAAGAGUUCUUCAUAGUCAUUCAAACUUAAUUAAUCAUUUAAUUGUUCUUAAACCUUAAUCAAUAUAUGAAGUAUCUUUUGUUGCAACUAUUUCUGAAUAAGACUUAGUCAUCUGGCAUACUAAUACUAAUUCUAAAAAAAUUAAAAAAUUAAACUUAAAGAAUAAUGUUACAUAUACACAAUAGUUUUAAUCUGACUUCUAAUAUAAUGAAUUAAGAUGUCUUUCUCAAUCAAAUGAUGGAUAGUAUUUAGCUAUUGGAGACACUUAUGGAUUAAUGAGAAUUUUUUCAUUAAUUAAUUUUAAAUAGAUAGCCUAAGUUCAAGCUCAUACUUUAAAAAUAACCGUCAUCUAAUAUUGGGUUUUAAAUAGUAGUUUUAUGACAGGAUCAGAUGAUAAAACUAUAGCUAUUUAUGAUAAAUUGAAUUUUAAGAAUUAUAAUCUCUUAUCUCAUCACACUGAUUCCAUCUUAAAUAUUUUCACUUAUUAAAAUAAGAUAAUUACUUAUUCAAAGGAUAAAUUACUUGUCUUUUUAGAAUAUUCAGAAUAGAAUUUCUAAAUUUAUUAUAAAUCAUAAUUAAGUAGAAUAAGUUCAAUUGAUUAAGAUUAAAACUUUUUAUUUAUUUUAUAAGAUGGAAUUGUUUCAGUUAUUGAUAUUUUGUAAAGCCAUCAAAAGUUUAUUUUAAAUAUUUAAGAUUGUUUAAAACUAAGAAUUUCUCAUUAAGAAUCUUAUUGUCUUCUAGCAACAGUUUCUUAUAAUAAAGUUACACUUUAUAAAUAUGUGAAUGAAAAUAACUAUAAAAAAUAAGAAGAAUUAGAUUUAGAUAAUAUUGUCAUGAUUGAAUUUGCUAAUAAUAAUUCUCAUUUAAUUGUUAUUACUAAAGAUGCCAAUACAAUUAUAAUUUGGUAGAUCAAAUCAGUGACUUCUUCAAAAAUGUAAUAAAUUCAAUCUUCUUAUUAACUUUAAUAAAAAGAUAAUAAGAUUUUAAAUCAGUUUUGGUAAAUUAAUUCUUCAACUUCAGAAUAUUAAUAAAAAAAUGAAGAAGAAUUAGGGGUAAUCAAAUUUGAUUCAGAAAGUGAAGAUGGUUAAAAUGAACCAAUUAAAAUUAUAUCUGAAACUCCAAGAUUAGAUUUAUUGGCUAUAACAUUAGGAACUAAACAUGCAACUGAAAUAAAAAAAUAAUUAAAUGAAGCUACUUAAUAAAUUUAAGAGUAAGUUUAAAAAAAAUAAAAAGAAAAAAAAUAAGAAGAAUAAGAUCUUUUACAUAAUUCAUUUUAUGAAGAAUAAAAAAGUAUGUAAGAAUUUCAUAAAUAACAAAAUUCUAAAAUAAUCAAAAGGUAGUUAAUGAAAAAAACAUCAAAUUUAGAACUUGAAUAAAAUUAAUUUUAGAAUGUACAAAAGAUAGAUUAAAGUUAUAUCAUUAAAAAUAGUAUAGCUGUACCUAAUUAAAGUUAAUUCAUGCAACAUAAUCAAAUUUAAAAAGUAUAAUAUGACAAGAUGCCAAUUUUAGAUAUGGAUAUAAAAAGAGUAGAGAGUAAUUAUGUUAUGAAAAAUAUUUAAUAGAGUUUUCGUAAUUAAUCUAAAUUCUAAAUUUCAUUUAGCCCUGAGAAUUCUAUCAUGCUAAAUUGUUCCUACAAUUUUACUGAGAGAAAACAGGAUGAUUAGAAUAAUAAUGACGAAAAUCUAUUAUAUGUAUUUGAUAUCAAAGAUUAAAUAGUAAAAUCAAUAGAUUAGCAUAGCCAAAUGUCAUUUAAAAUUGAUAAUGAUUGCCUUGAGUGAAUUAAUUGAAAAUUUGAAUUUAAUAAAUAAACCAAUUAAGGAUUAGGUUUUGAAAAAUGUAGAUAAAGAUUUAGAAACAAUUUGCUCGGAUAUAUAAGAUAUCAGACAAGUUGAUUGUGAAUCAGUCAAUGAAAACUUAGAAAAUCCAGAAGAUUACAUUUGUAUUAUAUAUAUAAUUUGAUUUUUUAGAAAAUGUUGUAAAUUAAUGUAGCAAAGAGUUGUUUGAGAAUUAUGUUUAAAAUUUAUUAAAUUAAAUGCGUAAUUAAUAAUGAACUAUGAUAUAAAAUGUAUUAAUUAUUUCAUGUUAGAUAAUAAUAUUCCUGUAAUAUUUUGCUCUAGUCUCUCUUUGAUAGGAUAAGUGCUUAUAGUAUUAUUGUUUGUUUACUCUAAAAAAUUGCGAGAAGGAUUGAUUCCUAGAAUAAUCCUAUAUCUGACAAUCAGCGGAAUAAUUUAAGUAUUUAAUUUAUCAAUUAGACUAUUGGUAUAUUAUGCUCAAGCUUUGAGAAUCCAAAAUGUACUAUAUUUGCCACUUUUAGAUUGUAUGGAGGAUUAAGUUCUCUAGUAUGGAGUUCAAUUCUUAUUUAUUCAAUAAAGUAUUAAAAGAAAUAUUUUGAAUUAGAUAAUUAUUUAUGGUACUAAGUUAGGAUAGUAUACUAAAAGAUACAAGAUAGAUAUUUGAUUAAUUGUGUUCUUAAGAAAAUAAAUUUUUGAUAUGUGCAUAUGGAAUUCCAAUGAUGUUAAUGAUAUAUCCCAUUACAACAGCCAUCAUUUUAAGUGAAAGUAAUACAAAAUACUGUUUAUAUUAUCAUAAAAAAAAGGAUUCUUCUAAUUUAAAAGCUUAGUUAGAUAUCCAAAAAUUAUUAUUUUGGAUUAUUCCUAUUUGCCUUUAUUUGUGUUACAGUUUUACUCUAAUAAAAAAUAUAAAGUAACUUUUAGCUGAAGAUGAUGAUAAAAAGGAAUUGUAUUGGGAGGUAAAGAAACUAAUAAAACAAAUAUUUCUUUUUCCAACAAUUACAUUGAUUUGUACAUUAAGUUUUACGGUUGAAGAUAUUUAAUCAAUAUUUUCAGAAUAAGUAAAAUUUUCAAUUGAAUAAAGAUAGGAUCAAUAUAGACAACAAUUUCAUUUAUUUUCUUAAGUUUUUGGGGUUUUUUAAAUUGCAUCGCUUAUUUAAGUUAAGAACCUGUAAAAUAAUAAAUAACAGAAUGGUUUAAAAUUAAUUAAUAGACUCAAUAAUGUAUACUUAAAUCAUAUAUUUAGAGAAUUUUAGAUAGCAGAGUAGCUUUUAGUAGAUGAUGAAUAAGGAAAUACAAGACUGA